AUGACUUUCCUGGCGACCCAGUUCGACGGGUCUCGGGAUCUCGUCGACAUUAGCGAUUGGCCGAACGACUGGGGACGGUUCAAUUCCACCGGAUACCUGGCUGCUGCGCAGAUGCUGGCAUAUCGCACAUUGGUGACUGGUGCUACACUGGCAGAAUGGGUGGGAGACAACACCGGGUUGAACACCACGUGGCUCAACGCGGCAGCAGGUCUUAAUGAAUCCGUCAAUGCAAAGUUAUGGGAUCCGGAUUUCGGCGCUUUCAAGGACAAUUAUGGGGAUUACGCGAACGGGUUGUAUGCCCAGGACGGCAACUCAUUAGCUGUCCUCUUCGAUGUGGUAAACGCCUCGUCGGAGCAGGCCCAGGACAUAUCCUCGUGGCUCACCCAGAACUGGACGCCCAUAGGAGCCGAAUCCCCCGAGCUGCCGGGCGAGAUCUCUCCGUUUAUUUCCUCCUUCGAGAUCCAAGCCCACCUCGUAGCCGGACAGGCGGAGCGAGCUCUCGAGCUGAUCCGUUCGAGCUGGGGCUUUUAUUUGGCCAACGAGAACGGCACGCAGUCGACCAUGAUCGAGGGCUACCUCACCGAUGGCACCUUCGGCUACCGACACGACGCUGGAUACGAGGAAAAUUACUCGUACACAUCGCACGCCUACGGGUGGUCGACGGGCCCGGUCACGGCGUUGACAGAGCACAUCGUCGGGCUGAGCGUGACGGGCAUGGCUGGCUCGACCUGGCGGCUCGCGCCGCAGUUUGGAGGCUUGACGCAUGUGGAAGGCGGCUUCACAACCAGCCUUGGCAAGUUCUCUGCCAAUUGGACGGUGCAGAGCGACGGCAGUUACGUGAUUAUCUACGAGACGCCGCUCGGUACCACGGGCGAGGUGUUGUUAUCGGGCCUCGAGCAUGGUAACGCCGUGAAGGUGGUGGUUGAUGGCCGGGUCGCCAAGAGGAGCCUCGUAGAUGUCGUUCAGGGGAGUGGUGGCAGGCAGCUUUUCGCAUUACGCGGCGAGGGCGGUAAGCAUCGCGUCGAGGUUGGUUGA